AUGAGUGCCCCGCAGUCCGGCUCCGAGCCGGCAUCAGAUUCUUAUAAGCCUAGAUAUAUCGAUAUAGGAAUCAACCUAGCCGAUCCCAUCUACAGGGGCAAGCAUCGCGGCGUCCAGAGACACCCAGACGACCUCAAGGAUGUCAUCAGCAGAGCCAAGGAGGUCGGAUGCACCAAGCUCAUCGUGACGGGCUCCGACUUUACGAGUGCUCGCGAUGCCUUGGAGCUGGCCAAAGAAUUUCCUGGAACAUGCUAUGCAACCGCCGGCAUCCACCCCUGUAGCAGUGCCAUCUUUUGCAAGGGAGGCCACGGAAGACAUGACGAGCAUACAACCCCAUGUGAGCCCGAGAGUUCAGAACCAGUUGAGCACAAAGGCGAGCCCGACCCGGAAACGUCAGCCAAGGUGAUUGACGAGCUCACGACGCUGCUUGCCGACGCCAGAGCAUCCAGCAAGCAUCACCUGGUGGCCAUGGGGGAAUUCGGACUCGACUACGACCGGCUGCACUACUGCGGAAAAGCCGCCCAGCUACACUCCUUUGAAGCUCAGCUCAAAGUGGCCGCCUCUCUCCAGCCCCAGCUCCCGCUGUUCUUGCACUCGAGAGCUGCGCAUCGCGACUUUGUGGACCUGUUGAAAGGGGCUUUCGGUGACAGGCUCGAGAGGCUGGAAAAGGGCGGCGUGGUGCACAGCUUCACGGGCACAAUAGAGGAAAUGAAGGAGCUGAUGGAUCUGGGCCUGCACAUUGGCGUCAAUGGCUGCAGUCUCAAGACGGAGGAGAACCUCGCCAUGGUGAAGGAAAUCACCCUCGACAGGAUCAUGCUCGAAACAGACGGGCCCUGGUGCGAGGUUCGGCCGAGCCAUGCCGGAUACCAAUACCUGAUAGAGAAGAAGCCCGAGCCGGAACCGCAAGCGACGAAUGGUGAGCCUCAGCCCGCUGACGCAGCCGCGCAGCAGCAGACGAAGCGGCCGAAGAAACAGAAGAACCAGAAGAAGGAGCCCGACGUGCCCAGCCGCUUCAAAGUCGUAAAGAAAGAGCAAUGGCAGCAAGGGGCCAUGAUCAAGGGCCGCAACGAGCCGUGCACCAUCGAGAGGGUUGCCAAGAUUGUUGCCGCUGUCAAGGGCGUCAGCAUCGAAGAGCUUUGCGAGGCAUCUUGGAGGAACACGGUCAAUGUCUUUGGCCUCGGCGAAGAGGCAAAUUAG